AUGGUCCAUUUUAUGCAGGUCAAGACAGAAGAAGUCGCAGAGGCUGACCUGGCGGUCACCAGCCUCCCCCACCGCCGGAAGAGGCACCAUCGGCCACAAUUCACGCCCAGCAUGUCAGGAGAACGGAGGACGGGGGAGGGGAGGGAGGCCGGGCGGGCCGGUGCGAGGCGGGUGUGUGUUGCAGAAGGGCUGCGCGAGUACUUCGGCCAGUUCGGGGAGGUGAAGGAGUGCCUGGUGAUGCGGGACCCCCUGACCAAGCGAUCCAGGGGCUUCGGCUUCGUCACCUUCGUGGACCAGGCGGGGGUGGAUAAGGUGCUGGCGCAGUCGCGGCACGAGCUCGACUCCAAAACAAUUGAUCCCAAGGUGGCCUUUCCCCGGAGAGCACAGCCUAAGAUGGUGACUCGGACGAAGAAGAUCUUUGUAGGGGGGCUGUCAGUGAACACCACGGUGGAGGAUGUGAAGCAGUAUUUUGAGCAGUUCGGGAAGGUGGGUCCAAUCUGGGGGCUCGCUGGGGGUGUGAAACGCCUGGAGUUGGUCAGUAGCGAGCAGAGUCCAGCCAGGUCACUCCAGUUGCUGCACAAGGUGAAAGAGGGGGUUCGGAUUUGUCACGUUGAGAGUGAAGACAUCGUGGAGAAAGUGUGUGAAAUUCAUUUCCAUGAAAUCAACAACAAAAUGGUGGAGUGUAAGAAAGCUCAGCCAAAAGAGGUGAUGUCGCCGACCGGCUCGGCCCGGGGGAGGUCUCGAGUCAUGCCCUAUGGAAUGGACGCCUUCAUGCUGGGCAUCGGCAUGCUGGGUAUCCCGGGUUUCCAAGCCACGACCUACGCCAGCAGGAGGUACACCGGCCUCGCUCCCGGCUACACCUACCAGGUUCCCCGGUGAGUCCUGUUCGAAUUCCGUGUAGAGCGGACCCCUCUCCCAAGCGCCCCAGUCCUCCCCGAGCUCACAGCCAUUCCUCUCACCGCUUACGGACCAAUGGCAGCGGCGGCGGCGGCAGCAGCUGUGGUUCGAGGAACAGGCUCUCACCCCUGGACGAUGGCUCCCCCUCCAGGUUCCACCCCCAGCCGCACAGGGGGCUUCCUGGGGACCACCAGCCCCGGCCCCAUGGCUGAGCUCUAUGGGGCAGCCAACCAGGACUCGGGGGUCAGCAGUUACAUCAGUGCUGCCAGCCCCGCCCCCAGCACCGGCUUCGGCCACAGUCUUGGGGGCCCCUUGAUUGCCACAGCUUUCACCAAUGGGUACCACUGAAGCAGGAGACAGGUGGCCAGAGCGCCCCCCCUGCAGCUGACUGAGGACCAGGAGUGAGCCAGCGAGGGGCCGGGACACC